AUGUUAAUUAGAAUGUUGUUUCAAGUGUACACUUCACACUCACAUCAACAAAAUCAACAACAACAAGCAUCAACACCUCAUUUCUGUCUUAUCUUAAAAGACUGUCUUAAUUCAUUGACAUUGUUUACUUGUCAUAAGAAAUCAAGAGUAAUAAUAACAGUAAGAGAUUUAGCAACAACAAAACAACAACCAAUAACAUCAAAAUAUUCAACACUUUCACCACACAAUCAAUAA